UACAUGAUUUGUGUGGCAUUCGUCUCGACGGUGGUGUUUUUGAGCGUGAUUACGCGAUUGAUUGGACAACAAAUCGGGACACAAAGUAACAUUCGAGUUGUCACUCGGAAUGUCUGGUACAGUUUUGCUAUCCUUACGGCUCAAGGUGAUUGGCGGGUUGUUUGAAGUUCGAAAAAUCCUUUUUAUAAUUUUCCAUUGCAUUUGAUGAACCUAGGCGGAUAUUUCCCGUCCAAUCGUUUGCCUCUUCGUGUACUGGCCGGUUCCUGGUGCCUGAUUGCCGUCGUCCUCGUCUACGCUUACAACAGCACGCUCAUCUCCUACGUUUCUUUGCCCACCCAUCAGCCGAUCGUCAACACUUUCGAGGAUCUGGCGGCCAGUAAGACCCUCCGUGUCACCACGCAAAGAGGCAGCCUAUCCGCCGAAAUCAUUUUGAAUUCCAAAUCAGGAGCGUUGAAAACACUGGGCGAUUCGCUCAGACGCCAUCCGGAAGAUCUUCUCCUGACGUUGCCUGGACAAUUUGACAGAAUUUUGCACUCUGGCUGCUGCGCUUACGUUGAAGUUAGGAGACUUGGAGAGUUACUUGUGCACAAGAGUAUGCUGGAACAUCAAGGCCAAUGCAAAUUGACCAUCGGAAAAAAUCUGGAUUACACCCAAGUUUGGAGUUUCGGCGUAGCUAAAAACUUCCCUUAUCUUUCCAACAUCAACAUGGGGAUACAACUGAUGCGCCAAAGUGGCCUGAUAACUCGAAUCGGAAAGACUUACUUGAAGCCAAUCGACAAGUGUUUGGCAAGAGAGGCCGGCCACAAUAAGCCGAACAAGAUCAGCCAGUUGACACUUUCCGAUUUGGCUGAUGUGUUUACGAUGAUUUUCGGCCUGGGCUGCCUGCUGUCGGCCUUGGCGUUUCUCCUGGAAAUGCUCAUGUCGUCAAUCGGCUUCAGGGUGGCUAAUGGCGCCGAACCGGGAAUCAUCAUUAUAUGACUGUCAUACCUUUAUAAUCAGUCCAUCCAAAUUGACACGUAAUCUGCAAAUGUCUUUUAUUUAAAAGAAAAAAAAAAUUUUUGAUUUAAUUCACCGGAACCCAAAUGGGAAAUGCGGAUGGGCAUGAAAUAAUUUGCAUAUACGUUGGUAAAUAAUUAUCCCUUGAGACAUUGAUUUGUCAUUUCAGUUUCUAUAGCCGCUUGCAUAAAUUUU